GCUAGCGCUCUCUUGGAGAUGUGACCUUGAGAGAUGCAGGGUUCUAACAGCAUAUUGAAUUUAAUUCUAAUUGGCUUUCAUCACAGGAAGGGAUCCGUUGUUGAGCUAGUUUAUCCCUCACUGUCAUAUGAUAGUUCUGAUCCUACACAUCUCCCGCAUCAAUGGAGUCAUUUGCCUGCUUUAGCAAUAGCUGAUGGAGCCCAUAACUACACAAAAGAUUGUACGUAUUUCAGCCUGCCUUCAAUAGAGAAGAAAGAUGACGCUGUUUUCGGUAUUGCUUGUUACCGCCAGGCAGACUCGGCUUCAUAUGUUCAACCUAAUCCUGAGAUCACUCGUAACACUGUACAGAAAAGCUUGGUUGUACUAUCGAGAUUUCCACUUUUUAGUUUUAUCGCCCAUCAUCUUACGACAAUAAUUGAUAAUCUGUUUAAAAGCAAAGGUUUUACUCCAGAGAGUCUCGAGAAUUCAUAUGAACAAUUAAGUCAUUUGGUGGACAAUGUUCUAAGUGAUCCAGUUUCUUACCAAGAUGCACUAUUUUAUAAUCUAAAUGUGUCCAAUUUUGUUCGCGUUUACAAACGUGACGCAUUAUGUUUAUUCAAAUUACUUUUAUUGGAAAGACGUAUUUUAUUUACGGGAGAUUCUGGCGGAACUGUGUCAAAUUGGAUGUUAACUUUACUCAGUUUGUAUCCAGAUAUGUUACGCAGUGGUUUGUCACAAUGUUCCUUUAUUGAUCGUUCAUGGAUUUCAGAGACUAGUUAUUGGUCUAAUAUCAAUGAUCCUAGUUCAAAUAGCUUUAAUUCUUAUCAGUAUCCAUCAGAAGAAUCAUUAACCAAGAUCAAUGGACGAGUGUCAGAACAGCAUAUAGAUUUAACUCUAAAUAAAGAAGAAAACUUUCAGCUUACUUUAAAUGUUGAUUCCAAGAACUCAGCCAACAAUCUUGAUUCACAAAGAAAUCAUAUAAAAACUCUAUCUGAUACAUUGCAUACGGAAUUAGAACAACCUGUAAUAAACGAGUCAUUUCAAAAAUAUCAAACCAUCAAAUUUUCGUUAAAUUCACCAUUUCCUACUGAUGAUUGGGGAUUUCCAUUAUCUGUAUUUACGAAAUCUUAUUUAGCUCCUCUGUAUAUUCCUCUUGGUUUAAUGGAUAUACUACUAGAACAUUCUAGUCUUCAUAUGUCAUCCAGAUCAAGUAUUAAUUUACCAUCAUCUGGAAAUCAGAGUCUGACCUUAACCGAUCGAUCAGUACGUGGUUUUGUAGCUGGUGCAACCAAUCCCUUAUUACAAUCAAACAAACAACUAACUGAGGUUUUUGUGUCAUCCUUAUCGCCUGUUAAGGAUAUUUGUGAAAACUACUUCCCACAUCUGUCUGAACUAACCGGUGCAUUUGGAAAAUCGGCCUUUCGAAUAGAAACAGAUUCUAUGUCGAAUCUCUCACUGACUGAAAAUUUGACGAAAACUUCUUAUUCCAUUAAUGUCGAUGGUGAGAAGAAUACACAAAACUCUGGAUCUAAAGUUUCGAAUUUUUCACGACCAUUUUCUUUGCCCAAAAGAUCACAACCAAUCAUUCAAAUAAAUUCAGAAAACAUUACUGAUAUGUAUCCUGUCAACUCACGUUCUAUGCCUGUCUCGCUAAACCGUGCAUUACAGCUAAGUCGUAUUGAUAGAUUGUUUAUUGAUCAUUUGGUAAUGACUGUCAAUACAUGGUACGGUGCACAAAUAGACUACUGCCAACAAUUGUCUGCCAAAAAAGGCGAAUUGGUAACAUCCCAUAGCUUUCAUAGAUUAGACCAAUUGGAUGCAGAAACUUUGGAACAGCUCACAUUAAUCCAAAAAACAGCCUUACUAAGAUUUCCGUCUCAAACUAUUUUAGAUGCUUGGAUAAGACAACAGUUUUUAAUUUAUUUAAAAGCAUUAUUAUUAUCUGCUCAAGGUUACAAUUCCAAUGCAUCAGACUUCCAGUCAGCCUAUUUAACUUGUUUUCGUUUAACAAGAAAUUUUUUAAUUUGGCGUUAUCAAUUUACUCCAAGUCAAUUGUUUAUUGUUUCUAAACCAGAACUAAUUCAUCAUAAUACUUCUGAUACUAAAUCAAUCAAUGAACUAACUGAUAAUGUGGAGUGUUUUAAAUCAACUAAAGAUUCAAAUAAUUUACAGUUGCAGGACUCGUGUACAACUUCACCAUACUCUGUUGCUGCUGUAGUCUCGCAACAUCCUGGGCGUAAACUUGCAGAACCUGAUGAUUGGAAUCAAAUCGCUGGUGGUUUUAAAAAGUUGGGCAACAUGGCUGCUGAUCAAGGUCGGAGAUUUGUCAGUCAAGGUGUUGCUAGUCUUAUGAAAUUCGGCAGUGAUUUCAACUCGACAUUCCGUUCAUCUUCGCCGUCAAAUUUUGUUUGGAAAUUCUCAGAUGCUUUUAAAUCAGUUGUUUCAAAUCCCAUAUCAAUCAGUUCUCCUAUUCUACCACUUGAAACCACAUGCACCAAAAAUGAAUCAAUUUCUCCCCAAAUCAAUGUUCCGAAAACCCAAAUAUGAAAUAAUAAAACUUUCCUCUAUUAAUCAAUGUUGUUCACUGUUGUAGCUGUGAUAUUUAUUGUGAUAUAUUUUACUUCACAGUGAAGUCCUUCUUUUAAGCAUAUUUUAUAUCAAGCUUUAUCAAUCUCAUGUUUUAUUAUUCCCCACUUUUAUACAUCGUUUUCUUUUUGUGGUCGUAAAUGCAUUUGUAUGAAUUCAAUCUUGUUGUCUGAUUUUUUACCUUCAGAGUUUUGUUGUACUGAUGUUAUAUUUUGCGAUAAACAAUUAUGUAAUAUUAUAAUACUAGUACUGGUUUCUCAAUAACCAUAGAUUACAUGAAACACGGGAAUUUACAGCUAAGAUGAAAUUUUUACAAAUGUUGCGCUGUUUAUUGCGUUCAACUCGUUUGUCUAUCUUUGACGAGUUAUAACGAAAGCCUUAAUACUGAAGCAGGAUAACAAAAUAUUGCUGUAUAAACAAUAAAACUGGAUUGUACACUGUGAAGAUGGCUUGUCAUAUAGAUGCUGCGUUAUAGCAAACUCAAGGUUGUAGCGUGGAGUGGCUGACUAUUUCGAACACUUGCCUGCCAGCUGAAGACGGCCUCUAAUCGUUGUAUUUGUAUAUUUGGUCCCGUUUCGAUAGGAAUACUCGUAAUGGUUGUCAAAUGUGGAACGUUUAUUUGUUUACUAUAGUUGAAAACGUGAGUCAAUUGAAGCUAGUUUAUUUGUUUAUCACUCAUUUUCGUGUCUGGUAGACUGUUUUGUUCUGAAAAAAACCUUUGAUUGUUUAGUUGUUAUUUUUGAAGUAUUUUGUACAUCUGAUAUGAUUUAGUUUUGUUACAUUGAAACCAACCAAAUCAAGUACAAAGUUUGUAUCUUAUUAAUAUUUAGUGCGAUGGACUCAAAAAUACUAUAGACACCAGGAGGAAGUAGUUCGCUCUAACUGAAUACACUUGGUCUCUUUAGUCCUUUCUGUUCAGAUCUCUAGAAAUCUAAUCCUAAAAAGUAUAACAUAUAGCGUUUUUCCAAAAUAAGCAUUUCACAAAGGAGGAAACACAGACCAUCUCUAACAAAAUAGACGCCUGUUUGCCGAGGUUUAUUUCAAACGUACUAUUGAUGACUUCCGACGUUUUGUUGUAUUCAAAUCUUGUUGGGCAGUAGUUAGUUGCUCCUGGAGAAUUCAGUUCAUUGUAGGUGACUGAUAUCGUUAUUUAACAGUUUCCAGGAAUAUAACUAGAAAUGAUUUGAACUUCAUUGAAUGGUUCAUUAACUUGAAUUAGCUGGUGUCAUUUGUUCCAAUAUUUUUAAGUAUUUCAUCCUGUUCGAUUGAGUUAUUUGCAUUGAUGGAUCCUGUUACUUAAUGCAAUUUGUUCUGAACUAGUUCAAUCCUGUGUGGCCAGGUAAUUAUAUAUUUCCAGCUGCACUGUCGUCAGUGACAACAAAGGUAUCAAAUACAGGGUUGACAAUAUUGGAUGUCCGUACUAUGUUUUAAAGCAUGUAAAUUGCAGCCAUUGAAAGUUAAAUCUCUCAGUUACUUAGACUUGCGUUUAUAUGAAGGCCUCGUUUCUACCCUGGUCUAUGACUGGAUACAAACAGUAUCAUGAAAGAAGUUGACUGACACAUUCUUCUUUUAUCCUCAUCAAGGCUUCAAUAUUAUCACCUUGACAUUUCUGGCUGUUCAUGCAGUUUGUGAUUAGAGCUGAGUCUCAGCAGAAUUAUCUAAUGAAAUCAUCGUUUUGCGAAAUUAUGAUUGCUUCAUAAACUUAUUAUAAUCUGUUUGUUACCGGGGGAGCAUUGUUCUGUACAAAUGAACGGAACUUCAAAUGGUUGUUGAGUAGACAUUUAUUCCAUUACUUACAACUGUUGUAAGAUUAAAUUCACUUAGUAUUGUUUG